GCGCCCCCUUCCCCGGGGUCCCCUCUUCGCCCGCACUCAUCCAGCCGGCCUGGCCGCAGCUGGCAGCGGAGCCGGUGGGCUCUCGGCCCUGCCUCCCGAGGACGCCUAGUGGCCCCUAUGUCGCUCUCCACGAGGACUCUCCGGCCGGUCGCGCCGGCCUUCCCUCUCCCCGGUGACCUCGCCCAGCCCCCGGCCCCCUGUGGCGGUGACCCGCGCAGGCACUCCGCCCCUGACCAGCCGCCGCCUUGCUGCCCGGCCCCUCCUCCCGGCGCAGCCCCACCUGUGAGUCAUCACCGACCCGGCGGCACCUGCAGCAGAAACCUGGGCUCCAGCGCUGAUUCUCCGGAACCAGCCGGCAGGCCCUCGACGCCAGUCCUCCUCCGCGCUGGCCUCGCCCCUUCUGCUCAGGAGCCGCCUCCCUGGCCCCCCGUCAUUAGUAGGAGCCAAACCCGUAGAGGCUGCCAUUGUCGCACCCCCACUUUCCCCAGGUGAAGGGAUCCCACAGAAAGGGUGCUCUAAGUCUCCCUCCUGUGUCCCAGGGCCCUCCGGCCCCUCCCCGUUUCACCCCGUCACCCAGGGCAAACCCAGUAGUCCCCCUUGACUUAGGCUUCCCUUUCCCACCUCCCCACGCCGCGUGUGGGCCUGCUGGCCAAGACAGGGCUGACCGCUCCCCCCCCUGGCCACAGACAAGAGGCUCUGGCUCCCUGCUUUCCUCCUCCCGCUCCCUGCUCCACACGCAGCACCCAACCCCACACCCUCCAGGCGGCUCAUCCCCCUGACCUCACCUCCUUCCAGGCCACCCGUGUUCCUUAGGCCCCAGCCGUUUUGCUCCUGCAGCUGAGGUCCCCGGGGCCCCCACCCCCAGCAGGUACCUGUGCUGCCCCUUUGGGCAGGUCACUGCCCAGUUUUCUGGUGACUCCUAAGUUGGGAAUGCCGGGUAGGUGACCAUGAUGAAUUUGGGAAGGAGGAGUAGGACUAUUCUGGAACCUCGUGGACCCGACCGGAGGCCCCUGGUGUGUUUCUAGUCUCCAAACCCUGGUGUAGAAGCGCCUCAACUCCCCACAGAAUGAGUCUGCACGUCUUCAGUGAUGAAAAUGUCACUGGUGACAGAAGUACAGAAAAUUGCGACUUCCUGUUUUCACCACUGGAACUUACCGGAAGAUCAUCUGUUCUCCGGCUGUCCCAGAAAGAAAAUGUGCCGCCCAAGAGCACAGCCAAAGCCAUGAAGGUGACUUUUCAGACACCUCUGCGGGAUCCACAGACUCACCGGAUCUUGAGUCCCAGCAUGGGCAGCAAGCUGGACGCUUCUUCGGCUCUAGGGGACACCGUUGGACUAGAAAGCUCUCAUCAAGGCCGGGCCCGGAAAGAGAGCCAACAGCUUACCAAGGAAACAGACACCGGAACCACCGAUGGAAUUCUCCCGAAACCAGCAGUGGCCGAUGCCCAUCCUCCUCCGGGGGGCCCGACACCAGCCUCUGAAGAGCAGCACCCCGACAGGCCUCCCGCAACCCCCCUGGCCAGCCCGGAUCCCCCCAGCUCUCCCCAGAUGCCAGAACGUGCUGAGAGCCAAGUGGCGCCCGGCGGACAAGGCUCCUGCAGCCCCGCUCACAGCCCGCAGAGACACGGCCGCCCUCAUCCCUCAGAGGACAGCCUCGCGGCCGCCUCCGCACCACCGCCCCAAGACCGGGCAGAGGAGCCGCUUGGAGCCCCCGGGGAGAAGGGUGUGCCCUCUCCCUCUGCCAGAGCCCGAGGAGAAGAGCCCCUGGUGGACCAGCCGGGCGAGGCCCCGGCAGGCUCCGAGGACACUGCUGGCCGCGAGGAUGCUGGCCCUGCUGCGGCCGGAGGGGCCCCGUCCCCCAGUCCUCGGAAGCACGAGGCCGAGGGCCAGACGGCCGACCGUCCGAGGGGUGGGCCUGUGAGGCUGGAAUUUGACUUCUCUGACAGUGCCACCAGCAAAAGGCCACCCCCACUGAGGAAACGGGGGAAGACCCCAGGUCUCCAGCCUCCCUCGAGGAGACCCAAGGCAAAGCAGGGGAAGGUCCCCGGGGAGGCGGGCGAGGGUCUGGACGGCAACCCGCUCGGAGGCGAUGGGGAGGCCCGGACCCCGGAGCCCUGCCUGAGCAGGCCGGCCGGGCCCGCGGCCGCAGAGGACACGUCUCCGAGCCGGCAGGUGCCUUCAGCGUCAGUGGAUGACGUGCCAGGGCUGCAGCCCAUGGCGGGGACCCCAGGAGCCACUGGCGAGGAGGGGGCCACAGAUGCCUCGGGCACACCAGCUCCCACCUGCAGCCCUACGCCCCCUGUUCCGUGCAGCCCAGGGCCUGCCCCAGACCUGAGUGGAGAGCAGUUCCGGGACCCCGCCGACGUCCUAGGCACGGGCGCCGAGGUGGACUACCUGGAGCAGUUCGGGGCCUCCUCCUUUAAGGACUCAGCCCUGCGGAAACAGUCCCUGUACCUCAAGUUUGACCCGCUCCUGCAGGACAGCCCUCGGCGACCGGCGCCCGCAGGCCCCAAGCUGAGCAGCGCGUGUGGCAUGGACGCCCCUUCCUCGGGAAGCGCCCCGGAGGCCGCACUGCUGGACCUGGACUUCCUGGAAGCACCGGCCCUUCCUGCACUUGGCCCAGCCCCCAGUGACCUGGGGCCCGGGGGCCCGCUGCUGCCCGUGGGGCCCAUCGUGGACGUGCUGCAGUACAGCCAGAGGGACCUGGACGCAGCGGUGGAAGCAACACAGAAGGAGAACGCGGAGCUGAGGAGCAGGUGCACGGAGCUGCAGGAGAAGGUCCUAGAGAUGGGGAAGAUCAUGGACGGGUUUGAGGAGACCGUGUACCAGGCGAUGGAGGAAGCUCAGAAGCAGAAGGAACUCGCCCGAGCUGAGGUCCAGAAGGCGCUCCAAGAGCAGGAGCACGUCGGCGCCGACCUGCGCUCCGUGGAGAAGUCCUUCUCCGAACUCUUCAGGCGCUUCGAGAAGCAGAAGGAAGUGAUCGAAGGCUACCGCACGAACGAGGCGUCGCUGAAGAAGUGCGUGGAGGAGUACAUGGAGCGGCUGGAGAAGGAGGGCCAGCGGUACCAGGCGCUGAAGGCCCACGCGGAGGAGAAGCUGCAGCUGGCCAGCGAGGAGAUGGCCCAGGUGCGGAGCAAGGCCCAGGCCGAGGUCCUGGCGCUGCAGGCCGUCCUGAAGAAGGAGCAGAUGCGCGUCCAGUCGCUGGAGAAGGCCAUGGAGCAGAAGACUAAGGAAAAUGACGAACUGACCAGAAUCUGUGACGACCUCAUUUCCAAGAUGGAGAGGAUCUGACGGCGCAGCCCCGACCUCGGCCGGCCGCCUGUCUGUCUGUCGGGGCUUUUCUUCUCUGUUCCCCUCACCUCGUUUUUAGGAAGAAGUCUCAAUAAAGAAAUAAGUCUGA